AUGAAAAGCACCGCCUCUCCGCUGGUGCACUUUCGUCAGCGCUCCCUCACUUUCGGCGACGAGAAGUCCCUCCUGCAUUUAUCGCAGCAGUGUUUUGCCGACUGCGUGUGGAUUCUCCUCACGGAGGACGACAGCUGCACCCCCGGCGUUGUGCUGCGGUCGGACCCGCACGAGUCCGGCCCCGUCAGCGGCGGGAACAGUCGGUGGGCCGGCGAGGCGUCGAUGCCGGCGACGCCCUGCGAGUGUCUGUUGGGGCUGCGCGACCACCCGCUCACGAAUGUGCUCGCCAGUGCCGUUGCGGGGGCCAUUCAGCAGCAGGGGGAGCGGCGGCCUGUUCUCAUGUGCAUUAGUGUCGGCAAGACGGCGAGGCGACUGCAGACAGCCGCCGAUCGCAUGGCGUUUGUGCGGGCCGUAAAGGAUGAGGUCUUGAUGCUCGCGACUGGAGCGGCAUGA